AAGAAGUCACAUGAUACAGGAAGUAAACCAAACAGAGGAAUGAUAGUUAACUAUCCAUCUAUCCAUUUAUAACUGCAUUACUAUUAUAAAUUAUACACGAAUAACUAAAUUUAGAGAUUCAGCUAACAAGCACUUAAAGUGAAAUAGCAUGAAAGGCUUAUUUUGCCGAACGAAUGGAGGCGAGUUCAAAUUCGUCACUCAGGAGACGUCUCUCCCAGAGGUCUUAGGCAGACAUGAGGUCAGAGUUCAAGUGAAGGCGUGUGGACUCAGCCCUCUGGACCUCAAGUUUCUCCAAGAUGUGGGCAUGCGGAGGGAUUUUAUGCCCGUGGGCAGGGAGGUGGCCGGCGUCGUACGACAAGUGGGUUCGAAGGUCUCCUUCUUCCAGCCAGACGAUGAGGUUGUCGGCAUUCUCCCUCUGGACUCCACCUGCUCUGGCCUGUGUGACAUCAUCGACGUAGAUGAACAGUAUCUCGUUGAGAAGCCAGAGAAGCUCGGCUACGUAAAUGCUGCCGGAGCGCUGCAGGACGGUCUCCGUGCAUACAGCGCCCUUCACACUCACGCUCGCAUGGCGGCCGGACACACGCUCCUGGUCAUGGACGGUGCCAGCUCUUUUGGCUUGAUGUGCAUCCAGCUGGCGUGUUACCACGGUGUGAAGGUUCUGACCACGUCACACUCGCAGCAGCAGCACACGUUCUUGGAGCAGCUAAGGCCCAGUGCAGGUGUUCAAGACCCUCUUGUGGCCAGGGUGAUUCCAGUCUAUAAAAACCCAUCAGACCUCCUUCCUGCGGUCCUGGAGGAAACCGGGGGACUGGGAGUGGACAUUGUCGUCGACUCUGGAGUACUUUUGCAGGAGGAGCCAGAAAAGUUGACGCUCCUCCCACACAAGCAUGACAUCAUCAGCCUUUUAGCAGUGGGGGGGCACUGGGUGACGUCCCACCAAGACCUGCAAUUGGACCCUCCUGAUUGCAGACUGAUGUUCUUGAAGUCGGCCUGCGUGUCUUUCCUCAACCCUGAAGCGUGGUUGGCGGCGACGGCCCAGCAGGGACGAUAUCUACACAUUCUGAGGGACAUCGUGGAGAAGAUGUCAUCUGGAGUGCUCAGACCUCAGCCCGAGACGGCGGCGUCUCUCCAGGAAGCCAUGGUUGCCAUGGAGAACGUGCAGCUUCAGCACAGGAAAAAAGCUGUUGUGCAACUGUGAACAGAUGACGCUUUGGUCGUUUUUUGGUGGGAUAGGGUGCAGAGAUAUCCCGACGUGUGUGACACAUGCCUGGCAUUGAUGGACUUUCUUUCCAUUCUAAUCAGGACACAAUUUGAGGCAAUGAUAUUCCAUGUUGGUACGCUUCAAGUUCACAGAUACAUCAUAUCAAGGAGUUAAAACAACACAAUGACAAUUUAAAGGACAGAUAAAAACUAUGUUGUGGUGCCAUCUUGAUUAAACUCAUCUCUGUGAAUGUCAACGUCAUUCAUGUCAGAGUCAAUGUCGGUCUUUCUGGCGGCCGUCCAGGAUUUUCUGAAUGGCUGCAGGACGCCCGCAUGCGUCUGUGCUGCGUCAAAUGUCAGCUUGCGUAGUUCGUAUCCCUUUGGUUUGACGACACACUCGCAUCUCCGAGCGACUGUCGUAGCGACUCCAGGCAGCUUCCCAGGAUGCAUUUCUCCUCCACCCGCAGGGACUCGACAACUUGCAGCUGCUCUUUCAAUUCCUCCCCUUGCUGGAGAAGCCUGGAGAUCUAAAAGAAUAGAACAAUGACAAGCGUGUGUGUGUUAGUGGUGAAUAUCUCUGUGGUAGACGAUUCAACAUGCAUCUCGAUACAUGGGUUACGGUUCAACGAUUACAUUUGUGGAUGUAGACAUUAAUCAGACGUUAUAAAAGUGGCAUUCUUACAGUAUUUUCAAAUGUGUAAAAGAGCACAUCGUAUCUCCAAGCAUGCUGUAAGGCAGGGGUCCCCAACCACCGGGCCGCGAGAAACGUUCAGGCGUAAUGAUUUAAAGGGGGAAAAAAGACAUUUGUAAAUGACUACAUAAAAUUGUAUUUAAAUGGAUAUAAAUUUUGUAAAUAUGGGCCAUUGUUGUAUUAAAAAAUAAGUUAGAAAUCCCCCAGCUUUUGCAUGGUUAUGUUUGCUGCGAGCUGCGACCUGUCCCACUUUAUUUGACGGCCCUUAAUGCACCACUUUCUCACGUGCUGCUCAGAGACUCCUAUACUGUAUUUUUCCCCUUUUUCUUUCCCCUCAUAUGUGGUCCCAAAUGCUGAGACUAUGUGGGAAUGCAUAAAGGUAAGAUUUGAUGACCUUAUUGAGUGCUAAUGUGUAUAUUCGGUGUACAACCUCUCUGAAAAACAAAGCCCAGGCUCGUACUGGUGCCUCUGUAUUCAUUAGUGCUUUUAAUUUGAUGUUGUUCCUGUCUUAGCUUUACACAAUACAUACAAUGGUGUGAAAAAGUGUUUGUCCCCUUCCUGAUUUCUUAUUUUUUGCAUGUUUGUCGCAUUGCAUGUUUCAGAUCAUCAAAUAAAUUUAAAUAUUAGUCAAUGGCAACAAAAACUGAACACAAAAUGCAGUUUUAGUUUUUAAAUGAAACUUUGUAUUAAGGGAGAACGAAAUCCAAACCUACAUGGCCCUGUGAGAAAAGGUGAUUGCUCUUUGAACCUAAUAACUGGUCGGGCCACCCUUAGCAGCAACAACUGCAAUCAAGCGUUUGCGAUAACUUUUUUGUUGUAUUGUUUGUCUUGUUUAAUUGUUGUAAUUCAGCCACGUUGGAGGGAUUUCCAGCAUGAAGCGCCUUUUUAAGGUCAUGCCACAGCAUCUCAACAGGAUUCAGGUCAGGACUUUGACUAGGCCACACCAAAGUCUUCAUUUUGUUUUUCUUCACCCAUUCAGAGGUGGACUUGCACCAGAUUUUACACCAGAUGUAAUGGGACACACACCUUCCAAAAGGUUAAACUUUUGUCUCUGCAGAUCACAGAGUACACUAAGUCCCCAACUAACGAACACAAUUGGCUCCAGACGACCGUUCUUACGUCGAAUUCUUCUUGCGUAGGGGAAAAGGUAAUAUUACCAAUGAUAUAGGUACGACACUGCGUUCCAAAUUAUUAUGCAAAUGAUGUUUUUGUUUGACUUUCCAAAGUACGUGAUGCAAAUGAUGAUCAGCAUAAUUUAAGUCAUUAGCUGUCAAAUUUUAUUUAAAAUGUUAUUGAACAAAACUCAUGAAAACAGUAUUUAAAAAAAAAAAAAAACGUACUGUCCCAAAUUAUUAUGCACAACGUAGUUUAAAGACGUUUUCUAGUUUGUAAAGAACUGAAAAUAGUAAUUUGUUGAAUUUACAGCAAUAUAAGGUCAUGUUUACUAAAAUAAAAAGCUAUUCCAAUCCAAUACAUCUUAACAGGUCAAGUUACAUGUUAACAUAGGACCCCUUGUUUGAUAGCAGCUUCACAAUUCUUGCAUCCAUAGAACUUGUGAGUUUAUGGAGAGUUUCUGCUUGAAUGUCUUUGCAGGAUGUCAGAACAGCCUCCCAGAGUUGCUGUUUGGAAGUGAACUGCCUUCCACCCUCAUAGAUCUUUUGCUUGAGGAUGCUCAUGCUUGAGGAUGAGAUUCUCAAUAGGAUUGAGGUCAGGGGAGGAGGGGGGCCACACCAUGAGUUUCUCCCCUUUUAUGUCCAUAGCAGCCAAUGAAGCAGAGGUAUUCCUUGCAGCAUGAGAUGGUGCAUUGUCGUGCAUGAAGAUGAUUUUGUUACGGAAAGCACGAUUCUUCCUUUUGUACCAUGGAAGAAAGUGGUCAGUCAGAAGCUCAACAUACUUUGCAGAAGUCAUUUUCACACCUUCAGGGACCGACCAGAUCUUUCCCUAUGAUUCCAGCCCAAAACAGGACUCCACCACCUCCUUGCUGACGUCGCAGCCUUGUUGGGACAUGGUGGCCAUGCACCAACCAUCCACUACUCCAUCCAUCUGGACCAUCCAGGGUUGCACGGCGCUCAUCAGUGAACAAGACUGUUUGAAAAUUGGUCUUCAUGUAUUUCUGGGCCCACUGCAGCCGUUUCUGCUUGUGAGCAUUGUUUAGGGGUGGUCGAAUAAAAGGUUUAUGCAGAACUGCAACCCUCUGGAGGAUCCGACACCUUGAUGUUCGUGGGACUUCAGCGACACCAGCAGCUUCAAAUACCUGUUUGCUGCUAUGUAAUGGCAUUUUAGCAGCUGCUCUCAUAAUCCGGCGUGUUUGUCUAGCAGAAACCUUCCUUAUUUUGCCUUUAUCUGCAUGAACCCGUGUGUACUCUGAAUCAGCCACAAAUCUCUUAAUGGUACGAUGAUCACGCUUAAGUUUUCGUGAAAUAUCUAAGGUUUUCAUACCUUGUCCAAGGCAUUCAACUAUUUCACGCUUUUCAGCAGCAGAGAGGUCCUUUUUCUUUCCCAUAUUGCUUGAAAAUGGUGGUCUGCUUAAUAAUGUGGAACAUUCUUCUUAAGUAGUUUUUCCUUUAAUUGGGCUCACCUGGCCAACUACUUAUCACAGAAGUAUGUGAUUGAUUUCAGUGAUCCACAGAGCCCUGAGACACAAUACCAUCCAUGAGUUUAACGGAAAAACACAGGAUUUAAUCUUUGAUACUUAAAUACAAUUUGCAUAAUAAUUUGGAACGCAGUGUACAUGUACGUGUAUACAUAUACAGUAUAUGCGUAUGUAUGUAAAUAUGAGUUUGGAUGCAGUAGUAAUAUUAAACAAGGAUAAUUAAUUAAAAAAACAAUAAUAAAAAUGAUAUAAUAAUACGUAAUGAUAAAUGUUAUUUACCUUUGAAGAGGAGUGGUCGAGCAUACAUCGUUGUGGUGGAGGAGUUAUUGAAAAAAAGGACAAAUGGUUGUCGUCGUUAGACUCUUCUAAAAGAGGUAGUGUUCUGUGGGUGGUGUAGAAUUAAGCAGGCCUAUUAACUCUUCAUAAACUUUAAUCACACGCCCUGUCUGGGUUGUAUCAUACAGCUAACAAUGUAGCUUUCCCUCUCCUCCCCUCUUCCUCCUCUUGUUCUCCCGCUGUUGGUCCCAUUAGCAGUGUCACAGUGCCCUCUGCUGGUCAAGCAUGUAGCAGUAUAAAUAUGGACUUAUAAGGCAAAACACAUGAAAAUAUAGACUAGUCGGCUUUGUUCGUAUCUCCGAAAGUUCGCACGUCGGAUGUUGGUUAGUAGGGGACUUAGUGUAUUUUCACAAAGGUCUUGGGGAUCAUCAAGAUGUUUUCUGGCAAUAUUGAGACAAGCCUUGAUGUUCUUUUUGUUCAGCAGUGGUUUUUGUCUUGGAACUCUGCCAUGCAGGUCGUUUUUGCCCAGUGUCUUUCUUAAGGUGGAGUCAUGAAAUUCAAGAUUCAAGAUUCAAGAUUCAAGAGAGUUUUAUUGUCAUGUGCAUGGUAAAACAGCAGUUAUACCAUGCAAUGAAAAUCUUAUUCUGUUCAUUCUCCCAAGAAAAGAAAGAAAAACACAAGAAAGAAUAAGAACAUAAGAAACAUAAACACAUAUACAUAAAUACCAAUAAAUUAAGCAACAACAACAGAAGAGACAUUAAUACAAGUAAAUAAUACAAAUAAAUAAAUAAAUAAAGUGCUAUGAGUGUGUGUUGCGUGCGGCGUGUCUGAGUGCUUCAUUGAGAAGCCUGAUGGCCUGUGGGUAAAAGCUGUUUGCCAGCCUUGUGGUCCUGGACUUCAAACUCCUGUAGCGUCUGCCUGACGGUAGGAGUGUGAAUAAUGAGUGUUGUGGAUGUGUGCUGUCCUUGAUGAGGUUGUGUGUUCUGCGUAGGACUCUAUAUGUAUAAAUGUCUUGCAGUGAGGGGAGGGCUGCCCCAACAAUGUUCUGUGAGGUCUUGAUCACCCGCUGGAGUGCCUUCCUAUCACGUGUUGUACAGUUACCGUACCAAACAGUGAUGGAGGCGGUAAGGACACUUUCGAUAGUGCAUCUGUAGAAGCAACUCAGGAUUGUGGUGGACAUGCCAAAUUUCCUCAGUCUUCUCAGGAAGUACAGUCUCCUUUGGGAUUUCUUCAGAAUUUGUUGGGUGUUGUGAGACCAGGUGAGGUCCUCGCUGAUGUGUGUGCCAAGGAACUUGAAGGUUUUCACCCUCUCCACCUCAGUCUCACCAAUAAACAGGGGUCUAUGUGGCUCCUUUUCCCUUGUUCUUGGGUCGAUGAUCAUCUCUUUAGUCUUAUCUGUAUUGAGAAGGAGAUUGUUAUCACGACACCAAGCUAUGAGGUCCGCCACCUCUCUUCUGUAUGAUGUUUCAACACCACCAGUGAUCAGUCCGAUGACUGUAGUGUCAUCCGCAAAUUUAAUGAUGCUGGUGUUGUUCUGGGAGGCCACGCAAUCGUAGGUGAAGAGCGUGUAGAGGAGUGGACUCAGCACACACCCCUGUGGGGUCCCAGUGCUCACAAUUCUUGAGCUGGAUGUGCGGUUGUGGACUCUGACUGACUGGGGUCUGCCCGUGAGAAAGUUAAACACCCAGUUACAGAGGGAGGGAGACAGGCCAAGUGUGAGGAGCUUAUUUGUGAGUUUGUGGGGGCUGACUGUAUUAAAAGCAGAGCUAUAGUCUAUAAAUAGCAUUCUGACGUAUGUGUCCUGGCCCUGUAGGUGAGAAAGGGCUGUGUGGAUGGCAGUGUUGACUGCAUCAUCCGUGGACCGGUUCUGGCGAUAUGCAAACUGUAGAGGGUCCACAGUUGCCGCCGGGAUGCUCUUUUUGAUGUGGGUCAUGACUAUUCUUUCAAAGCACUUCAUAACAAUAGGAGUGAGUGCUAUAGGGCGAUAGUCAUUCAAGCAGGUCACGUUGCUCUUCUUGGGUACGGGCACUAUGGUGGUGGACUUAAAGCAGGUCGGUACAGAUGCUUGUGCAAGCGACAGGUUAAAUAUGUCAGCAAGCACAUCAGCUAGCUCUGAUGAGCAAACCCGAAGUGCACGUCCUGAGAUGUUGUCUGGGCCUGCUGCUUUUCGUGGGUUUGUUUUGUUUAGAACCCUGCGCACAUCAGCUGAUGUCACCAUGAGAGGUGCGUCCUGUGUGCUCCCCAGGUUCAGCCACCCUCUCUGCUCAUCAGAAGUUUGGGUGUCAAAGCGGGCAUAGAACUCGUUCAGCUCAUCUGGAAGUGUGGUUUGGCUGGACGUGGCUACGCUACUCUGCUGGCGAUAGUCUGUGAUGUGCUGGAGCCCCGCCCACAUGCGCCGAGGGUCUGAGGUGGAAUAGUAGCCCUCCAGCUUCUGUCUGUACUGUCUUUUGGCCUCCCGUAUGGACCUCCUCAGGUCAUAUCUGGCCUUUUUGUAGUCAUCAGCGGUGCCCAUGACAAAUGCAGUCGAACGAGCACGUAGCU